AUGGACCAUCGCACUCAUCGCACCUUUCGAGACGAUGAGCGAGUCAACGCCAACGACGAAGUUAUGGAGGACUUUGCGAGCACCAGUGCAAUUGGCGAUGCUAAUGAAGGCAAGAAUUCACUCCGGCCUUUCAGAACCGCGUUUUAUGGCGCUGAACAGCUCAAAUCCCAUUUUGCUGAAGCCAACGAGCACGCACACAGUGCCGACCUGGUAUCGACAACAAGCUUUACAAAUGCCCAAGAGCUGGAUGCUCUAAUUCAUCCAACACCGACAAACUCGCGACAGGCCGAUACCGAGUGCAUCCCAACAGGCUUUCAAGCCAGCUUCUACGGGGCCAUGGAGCUUGAAGGGCUCCUCCCUAACAGCAAUGAGAAGCAAGACAACACUCCGGCGUCGACUCCCACCACUGAUGCUGUUGCUUCUGUGCAUUCGGCAUUUAGUGCUAGUUUCAUGGGAAACGAUGAGCUGCAGACUAGAAUGGACGUGGAUGAGUCUCUUUCCCAUCACGAGGACUCUGAGAACAUCGACCAUUCCAUCUCCGAGGUUGACGAUGCAGCUCUGGCUGUGCCUCCUGCUGCUAGGUCGACGACGAUCACGCAUUCCCAGUCCUCAGUUGCAGUGUCACAGGGUCACGCACCGGGAAAGGGUCUGCUCACCCCGGUGGCUCUUGACCUGAACCGCUACAAUGACAACAUCACUGCAAUUAAGCAUGCGACUGCCUAG